GCUGCUGGUUGCGCUGCUGCUGAGGACGGAGGAGGGGGCAGACCUGUUUGUGGUAUUAGAAAAGUCAGAGUUGUGUGAGCGACCGAGCAGUCGGAGCAGCAGAGCAGGCGGGGAGAGAAGGAGCAGCAGGAGGAGGAGGAGGAGAAUACUUUCCCAGGUUACCGGAUCGCGCUGCAUUCCAGCCCCGGAGCGCAGCGCCCAGGAGUCGGACCCGGCGCGCUCUGUCUCUCCGCUCCGCUCCAGUUUUGUUUUUUUAUCGGAUCCCUGCUGUUCGGAGAGCGAUGAUGCGCAGAGAGGAUCGUCCCUAUUCCAACUAGAGACAGCAAUACAAAAAAAACGCAGAGAAGAGAAGUGGGGUUCUCCUCCUGAGUGGAUCUGGAUCUAUCGCCAGCUGCAGGUCCGACCAUGAGUGCUGGAUGGUGGAUGUUCGCUGGCGCGCUGGUGGGGGUCCUGACUGUCCCCAGAGAGGCACACGGAGCUUGUCUCUACGAGGGAUCGCUCCACGCGAACAACACAUCAUGGCGGCCCCAGUCGUGUCAGGAGUGUACCUGCUACAGCGACGUGUCCAUCUGCAGGCCCAUCCACUGCCCAAACCCCCAGUGCAACGUCCAGAGGGGUGAAUUUUUGAGGAUUCCUGCCAAUAAAUGCUGUCCAGAGUGCGUCGCCUCAUCCCAGGACUCCUGCCAGUACGAGGGAGUUACCUACGGACACGGCAGCCAGUGGAGUCCCUCGCCCUGUUCGGUGUGUUUUUGCUCCAGAGGCAGCGUGUCCUGCCACACUCGGCCCUGCCCGGAUCUCACCUGUCCGGGUGACCAGAACCCGUUCAUCCCAACGGGGGAGUGCUGCCCAAAGUGUGGCGGUAAUGGAGAGUCCUGCUCCUGGCAGGGGGUGGUCUACAGGGACGGUGAGGAGUGGGAGCCCGGCAUGUGUUCCCGAUGCGUCUGCAGCAGCGGGAAAGCCCAGUGUUCAGUGGUGGAGUGUCAGCAAGUGGCCUGCAGACCCCAUGAGAACCUGGUGAUCCAGCCGGGCCGCUGCUGUCCUCAGUGUAUGUCCAACCCGUGUCUCUCUGCUGGAACACAGUACCAGCAUGGGGAGCAGUGGCAGAAGGACGCCUGCACCACAUGUGUGUGCCACCGGGGUCAGUCGAAAUGUCGCACAAACACCUGUCAGCCAGUCGUCUGUGACAAGGGUCUGACCAAAGUGAGGCGUGUUGGUCGGUGCUGUGAGGAGUGUGCUCCCGCCAAAGGAAGCUGCCUGUUUCAGGAUGCGGUUCGUUAUCACGGAGACAUGUGGAACGGCACGGGAUGCGAGUUCUGCACCUGUAACCGGGGUCAAGUCCUCUGCCGGAGAGCCGAAUGUGGCCGUGUUGAUUGCCCCGAGGAGUUAGAACUUGCUCAUCUGCCGGGAAAGUGCUGUCCAGAAUGUUCUUCAGCAAAACCUUCCUGUCUCUAUGAGGGAAAAUCUUACAAGAAUGGAGCUCGUUGGACCGAUGGCAGCUGUCGCGAGUACGAAUGCCGCGAUGCCCAGGUGACUUGUUAUCUUCGCUCCUGCCCCAGUUGCCCACCAGGAACUCUGGCUGUCAUAAAAGAAGGCCAAUGCUGCCCCGAGUGUCAACAGGCUCAGUGCCAUGCAGACUGCCUGUCCUGUUUGGGGACUCCUGACCGAUGUGAGAGCUGCAGAGACCCCAAAGCUUUUCUCCAUCUUGGUCGUUGCCUGCCUUUCUGUCCAGGGGGCUACUAUGCUGAAGGAAGAGUGUGUGCAGCCUGCCCAGAAUCCUGCGCCACCUGUUCUAGUAGAUGGGAUUGCCAGUCCUGUGACUCCCAGCUGCCCUUACUGGGCCCAGACAGAGACCGGUGCCUGGGUUCCUGUCCCCCUGGUUCCUACCAGCACGAUCACACGCUCUGCCGCCGUUGCCACAGGUCGUGUUCUGAAUGCCGUGGACCGACUCAGCAGGAGUGCUUGUCAUGUUCCGACCCAGCCGCUUUGCUCAAGGACGGACUGUGCGUCUCUGACUGUGGUGCAGGAUACUACAACCAGGAAGGAAUCUGUUACGCUUGUGAUCCGUCCUGCGCCUCCUGUUUCCCUGACAACCCCAAAUGUAUGAGCUGCCCCGCCGGGACGGCUUUACAUCACGGAAAGUGCAUUGCUCAGUGCCCGACUCGGCAUUACGUGGACAACCACAGCAGAUGCAGAGACUGCCACAGCUCCUGCGCUUCCUGCUGGGGCCCCUCGGUGUCCCAGUGCAUCUCCUGUCCUUCUGGACUCCUGCUCCACCAGGGCCAGUGUGUGGAGGCCUGCGGCGAGGGCCUGUACCCUCAGGACAGCACCUGCCACAACUGCCAUCCCUCCUGCCGUUCCUGUGUGGGACCUCUGGCCUCAGACUGCCUUCGCUGCCUGAAACCAGAGGAGGUUCUCCAGCCGCAGUACAUGCACCUUCAACGGGGCGUCUGCACAGCUGGAUGUCCUGAACACGGCUUUCUGGAUGACCUGCAGACCUGCAGAGAUUGCCAUCCCUCCUGCCAGCGCUGCACUGGUCCUUCUGCAGAGAACUGCUCCUCCUGUUCGUCCCCGUCCAGCCUGUUCGAGGGUCGCUGUGUUCCCACAUGCCCACAGGGCUUCUUCACACGGGACAACCAAUGCCAAGCGUGUCAUCCGUCCUGCCAGGCCUGCUCCGGCCCCUCCCAGGCCGACUGCACCUCCUGCGCCCCCCAGGUCUCCCUGCAGAGCGGCUACUGCUCGACAGGCUGCCAGGAGGGUCGCUUCCUCAGCGCCGUCACCGGAGAGUGUCUCAAGUGCAGCCCUGACUGCCAGCGCUGCGCGGCGGACCUCCAGACAGGCGUCGGCAGCGUCUGCCUGUGGUGUAAAGCAGCGAGGACCUGGCUGCUGGGCGAUCACUGCGUCUCUCACUGUCCCUCCGGUCAUUAUGCGUGGCAUGGAGCCUGCAUCAGAUGCCAUCCUUCAUGCGAGUCCUGCAGCGGCGCGGGCCAUUCGUCCUGCACGUCCUGCCCCCCCAACGCCGUUCUGCUGCCCUCUGGUCUCUGUGCUCCCAAAUGCCCCAUCGGCUAUCACGACAACGGCCAUCGGGUCUGCCAGGCCUGUGACAGACAGUGCCUGACAUGUGACACUGCUGGGGUUUGCACGUCCUGCCGUGACCCGACCAAGGUGCUGCUCUUUGGAGAAUGCCAGUAUGACAGCUGCGCCCAUCAGUACUACCUCAACGCCACGACCCGCACCUGCAGAGAGUGUGACUGGAGCUGCAACGCCUGCAAAGGCCCUCUACGCACCGACUGCCUGCAGUGCAUGGAGGGGUACGUGCUGCAGGAUGGAGUGUGCACCCAGGGAUGCUCCCUUGGAUUUUAUCAGGACGGAGACACGUGCCUGGCCUGUGAUGAUCACUGCGUAAAGUGCAGCAGUCCUGGAAAAUGUGUGCAGUGCCAGCCGCCCUACGCCGCUCUGCAGGGACAGUGUGUCCUGGACUGUGGCAGAAAUUAUUUCCUGGACGCCUCCUCGAAAGUCUGCAAGUCUUGCUCAUCCGACUGCCUCCACUGCGAUGGGGUUGGACGCUGCUUGGUGUGUCGUGAUGAAACCUUCCUUAUGAAAGGCUACUGCACCCCCGACUGUGGACAUGGAUUUUACGCCGAUCAGAAGACGAGAACCUGCCACGUGAACCACCACACCCCUGUACUCCACAUCAACGGCUCCCUGAUGGUUCCCAUCGGGGGGUCUGCUCCUCUGCUGCCCUCUCUGCUGGAGGUGAGGGACCCCGACAGUCCCUCUGAGCGGAUGGUCUUCCAGCUGGUCCAGGAACCAAACAAUGGGCGUUUGGUCCUGUUAACAGAGGAGGAAACGGGAGAAAACGGAGAGAAAAGGAGCAAAGAGCUGAACAGAGAGGACACCAUCACAUGGGCACAGCUAGAGCUCGGUCGAGUCCGCUUCACACACCUGAAAAACAAAGCCAGGACUGGCCAGUUCAGCUUACGUGUCGCCGACCCACAGAUGUUUUCCCAGCCGGCUACAGUUCACGUUCAAGCCGUCUCCAUGCAGCCGCCAAGAGUGCUGACACUUGCUCCAUUGACCUUAGAGGGCCGUGGCAGCCUGGCCACCAUCACCAAGUCGGUGCUGCACGUCGACGACCCCGACAACCCCGCUGACGUCCUGGUCAUGGUCCUGGAAGCGCCGCGCCACGGCCGUCUGACCCGCCUCCAUGGAGGCCGUGCGCUGGGCAGAUUCAAGCUGGAGGAACUGUGGAGGGAGCAGAUCCAGUAUGUCCACGACGGCUCGGCGGCGGAGGAGGACAGCGUGGUGCUGCAGCUGAACGACGGGCACAGCUACAGGAACGUCCUGCUGCAGGUCCGGCUCCCUCAGGACUCGCCUCAGCUGGUGUCUCUGCCCAUGACCUGGGUGAAGGAGGGCGGCAUGGUGUGCCUCAACAAGAAGCAUCUGCAGACCGACUUUAAGGGCGUCGGCGCUGACGACAUCGUCUACACCAUCCUCGCUUCAGAUGGACAACCGAAAUAUGGGGAGGUGGUGCUUGUGUCCAUGCCAGCGGACGGCCCACCAGAAGGCUGGGACCCCUCCCUGAUCGACGACCAACGCUUCACGUCGACGGCAUCUUUCACCCAGCAGGACGUGAACGACGGCACCGUCUGGUACCACCACUUUGGCUCGAGCUACGACAGCGACUCCUUCCAGUUCCAGGUUUCCGCAGAUGCUUCCCCUCUCAUACAGAGCGAUGCCCAGACGUUCACUAUCGGAGUUCUACCUCAGAUCCCAGGAUUUCCACAGCUGGCACCAGACUGCGACCUCCAGAUCACAGCUCUGGAGGAUCAGGUGACAGAAAUAACACCUUCAGCUCUCUCCUUCAUCGACUCUGGGACUCCCAGUGAGAAGCUCAUCUAUAACAUCACCAAACCACUCCUGCCAGGACAAGGAGUCAUCGAGCAUCGAGACAAACCGCACAAGGCAGUGAAACGCUUCACCCAGGCUGACGUCAACGCCGGAAAGAUCAUCUACAGGCCGCCGCCGGCUCCAUCACACCUCCAGGAGCUCCACCAGUACUCCUUUACUGGCCUGCCAGAGUCGCUCAGUGUUUAUUUCACAGUGUCGGACGGCGAACACACCACUCCUGAGCUGGACUUUGUGAUCCUGCUGCUGUCGAACCACCAGCAGCCGCCGGUGUUUCAGGUCCUGGACCCGCUGCUGGAAGUCAGCAUGGGGGGACGAGCCACCCUCGGAGGCCAGCAGCUGGCGGUGAGCGACGCCGACACGGCUCCAGAUGACCUGGAGUUUGAGCUGGUGGACGCUCCGGUCCACGGAGAGCUGCUGAGGACUGACGACAACAUGCGCAUGAGUAACGGCGACACGUUCACCUUCAGCGACGUCACCCGCAAACUUCUGCUCUACCGGCACGCCGGCCUCUCCACCCAGGAUGACGCCAUGUCCUUCUCGGUCAGCGACGGCAUCUCCAUGGCGAGCACCGUGGUGCAGGUGACGGUGCUGGGCGAGGCGGGCGAGGCGCCGCGGCGAGACCCGGCCGCCACGCUGUCGCUGGAAGUGGGAGAGAAAAGCAGCACGGUCAUCAGACGCUCACACCUGGCCUACACCGACAACGCGUCCCCUGACGAUCAGAUCCACAUCCAGCUGGUGUCUGUGCCGAUGUACGGCCUCCUGACCCGGACCCUUUCCCAGCAGGAGCCCCAGGAGCUGCGGGAGUAUUCGUCCUUCACCCAGGAGGACGUCAACCUGCACAGGAUCAGGUACGUCACUUCAUUGGACACGGGAAGUCAGCCGGUGACGGACGUCUUCCAUUUUGUCGUUCAUGACGGAGACAGCAACCGCCUUGACAACCAGAUGUGCACGAUCACCAUCACCUCCGUGCCCAGACAGCCGCUGGUGGUCACCGUGCGAGGCGGCAUCAAGGUCCAGGAAGGCGGCCGGGUGCUGCUGUCCUCCAAUCACAUCACAGUGUCUUACGUGGAGACGCCCUCGACGGACCUGCAGGUUUGGCUGGUCAGCCCUCCCAAAUACGGCUUCAUCGAAAACACAAACCGAGGCGGCUCAGUUGGCGGCUCACGCGUCGUAACUCCAGCCGCACCUUUCUCCGUGGAGGACCUCGUCUCUGAUCACAUCUUCUACGUCCAGGACAGCCAGCUCCAAAAAACGGCCAGCCAGGAUGUCUUCAGCUUCUACAUCAGUGACGGAUACAGCCAGACUGAAGCGUUCACCGUGGAGAUCAACAUCCAGAGCAAAGCAGCACCAGAGCUGACGGUGUCAGUCAGCAGCAUCCAUGUGGAGGAAAACUCCGGCGUCGUCAUCACCAACUCGUCUCUCAGCGUCUACGAUGAGGACACGCCAGAAAGCGAGAUCAUAUUCACCAUCGUCAGGAUUCCCAGCUACGGAAAACUGCGCCGGCGGCAGUUCUACUCUCAGCCACUGGAAAAUGGCCGCAUCCUCACACAGGGGUCCACCUUCACCUACCAGGACGUCCUGGACCGACUGCUGGUCUACACACCGGAAACUGUCAGUGGGGGAUCUGACGAGAUGGGCUUCACCCUCACCGAUGGGAUCCAGACCCACACAGGCCUCCUGCAGUUCACCAUGGAUGUCAGGAAGAGUGAGGGGCCCCGAAUGACGGUCAACCGAGGCCUGCAGCUUCCAGCGGGAUCCUCUUCUAAAAUCACAGAGCAGAAUCUGAAGGGCUCAGACAUCGACUCGGACAGCCUGAAGCUGCGUUACAUCCUAACCAAAGACCCUCCAGCGGGCAAACUGCAGCUGAGCAGGAGCCAAAAUGUGGAGAAGGUUUCGGUCAAAGGUCCUAUUCAGAGUUUCACUCAGGAGGACGUCAACAAAGGCCUGCUGCAGUACAGCCACGAGAAAGGAGAGAAAGGAGGCAGCCUGUCUUUCAAGUUCAACCUGGUCGAUCCCGAGGGCAACAAACUGAUCGACCAGUCCUUCUUCAUCAGCGUGCUUGAGGACCAUCUCCCUCCCUCAGUGGAGGUAAACAAAGGCCUGGUGCUGGACGAAAACUCGGUGAAGAAGCUGACCACGCUGCAGCUGUCGUCCAGCGACCAGGACAGCGAGCCGGGCGAGCUCAUCUAUCGGAUCACCAAGCAGACGAGCCUGGGCCAACUGGAGCACGUCACCAAUCCAGGUACCAGAAUCAACUCUUUCACCCAGGCGGACCUGGCGUCUCGCAGCAUCCAGUACGUCCACACCAGUGAAGAGGAAAAACACGCCGACCAGUUCUCCUUCACCGUGUCCGACGGAACAAACGAGGUCGCUCAGACGUUCUACAUCACCAUAAAGCCGGUGGACGACUCCCUGCCGCUGCUCCAGGUCCCUGGCAUGAGAGUCCAAGAGGGUGUGAGGAAGACCAUCACUGAAUUUGAGCUGAAAGCCACUGAUGCAGAUACAGAGGCGGAGUACAUCAUCUUCACCGUGGUCCAGCCCCCCCGCCACGGGACCAUCGAGCGCACCAGCAACGGCCAGCACUAUCGGCAGACCAGCACCUUCACCAUGGACGACGUCUACCAGAACCGCAUUAGCUACAACCACGACGGCUCCAACUCGCUCAAAGACCGCUUCACCUUCACCGUGGCCGACGGCACCAACGUCUUCUUCAUGGUGGAGGAGCAAAACAAGGAGAUCGUAACAGCUGCUCCUCAGAAGUUUAAGAUCGACAUUCUUCCGGUUGACGAUGGAACGCCACGGAUCGUCACCAAUCUGGGGCUGCAGUGGCUGGAGUACAUGGACAACAAGGCCACCAAUCUGAUUACGAAGAAAGAGCUUCUGACGAUGGACCCGGACACUGACGACGGACAGCUGGUGUAUGAAAUCACAGCGGAGCCUAAACACGGAUUCCUGGAGACAAAGCUCAACCCUGGGAACCCCGUCACCACCUUCACACAAGCUGAUGUGAAUCUGGGUCUGAUCCGCUACGUGCUGCAUCAGGAGAACAUCCAGGAGACCAUGGAUAACUUCAAAUUCCUGGUUAAAGACAGCAAGCCAAACGUGGUGAGCGACAACGUUUUCCACAUCCAGUGGUCUCUGAUCAGCUUUGAGCACAAGAGCUACAACGUGAGCGAGAAGGCCGGUACCGUAGCUGUGACCGUGAAGCGAACCGGCAACCUCAAUCAGUACGCCAUCGUCCUCUGUCGCACCGAACAGGGCACCGCCGUUUCCACCAGCAGCACCGGGACGUCGCCAGGCCAGCAGGACUACGUGGAGUACGCCGGACAGGUCCAGUUUGACGAGCGCGAGGACACCAAGGUAUGCACCGUAGUGAUCAACGACGACAAGGUGUUUGAGGGGAUGGAGAGCUUCCACGUGGAGCUGAGCAUGCCGGUGUACGCGCUGCUGGGUGUAAACACGCGCGCUGUGGUCAACAUCAACGACACGGAGGACGAGCCCACUCUGCAGUUUGACAAGAAGACGUACCACGUCAACGAAAGCACCGGCUUCUUCAGCGCCCCCAUCGAGAGGAAAGGGGACGCCUCCAGCACCGUGUCCGCUCUCUGCUACACCGUGGCCAAGUCGGCGCGGGGCAGCAGCCUCCACGCUCUGGAGUCCGGCUCAGACUACAAGAGCCGCGGCACGAGCAGCGACAGCCGCGUCAUCUUCGGCCCCGGCGUCAGCAUGUCCACCUGCGACGUGACGCUCAUCGACGACAGCGAGUACGAGCUGUCGGAGGAGUUCGAGCUGGUGCUGUCGGACGCCUCCGACAACGCCCGCGUGGGCGACGUGUCGUCAGCCAAGGUCGUCAUCGACGGGCCCAACGACGCGUCGACUGUCACGCUUGGAAAUGCGACGUUGACGUUCAGUGAAGACGUCGGAACCAUAGAGGUACCGGUGUUGCGUCAGGGAAGCGACCUGUCUUCGGUGACGUCUGUGUGGUGUGCUACCAGACCUUCAGACCCCCCCUCAGCCAGUCCGGGAGUCGACUACAUCCCCAGCUCCAAGAAGGUGGAGUUCAAACCUGGAAAAACUGUCGAGACCUGCAGUUUGACCAUCGUCGAUGACGUUCAGAAUCCAUCCAUCGAAGGACCGGAGUCUUUUGUCAUCUUCCUCAGUUCUCCACAGGGGGCAGUCCUGCAGGAACCCUAUGAAGCAAAUAUAGUCAUCACCGACACCUUCCAGGACAUUCCCACCAUGCAGUUUGAGAAGACCUCCUACACCGUGAAGGAGAGAGACACCGUCCUCCACGUCCCGGUCAUCCGGACCGGAGACCUGUCCUUCAAGUCGUCGGUGCGGUGUUUCACCCGAACCUUGUCUGCCAUGGUGAUGGACGACUUUGUGGAGAGGAGGAACGCGGAUGAAUCCCGCAUCACUUUCCUCAAAGGAGAGAAGGUGAAGAACUGCACGGUUCACGUCCACGACGACUCCGUCUUCGAGCCCGAGGAGGAUUUCCAGCUCCACCUUGGCGCGCCACAGGGGGACCACUGGAGCGGCGCGAUGAUUGGAGCCAACGACGUCGUGGCCGUCACCAUCACCAACGACGAAGACGCUCCCACCAUCGAGUUCGAGCAGGCGUCCUACCAGGUCAGAGAACCUCCCGGUCCCGACGGCGUCGAGGCACUCAACAUCAAGGUGAUGCGCCGGGGAGACCUGGACAGAACGUCCAAGGUCCGCUGCAGCACCAGGGACGGAUCGGCCCAGUCCGGAGUGGACUACAAUCCCAAGAGUCGGGUCCUGAAGUUCACCCCUGGAAUGGACCACAUCGUGUUCACGGUGGAGAUUCUGUCUAACGAAGACAGAGAGUGGCAUGAAUCGUUCUCCCUGGUGCUCGGUCCUGAUGAUCCGGUGGAGGCUGUGCUCGGUGACAUCACCACGGCGACGGUGACCAUUCUGGAUCAGGAGGCGGCCGGCAGUCUCAUCCUCCCAGCCCCACCGAUGGUGGUCUCUCUGGCCGACUACGAUCACGUCCAGGAGGUGACCAAAGAAGGCAGCAGGAAGACGCCCUCUCCCGGCUACCCUCUGGUGUGCGUGACCCCCUGUGACCCCCACUACCCAAAGCACUCUGUGAUGAAGGAGCACUGCGCCGAGGCGGGGAUCAACCAGACCCAGGUCCACUUUUCCUGGGAGGUGGCGGCGCCCACGGACUCCAGCGGAGCCCGCUCCCCGUUCGAGACGGUGACAGACACGACGCCGUACACAAGCGUCAACCACAUGGUUCUGGACAGCAUUUAUUUCAGCCGUCGUUUCCACGUCCGCUGCGUGGCUCAGGCCCGGGACAAAGCCGGUCACCUCGGCACGCCGCUGAGGAGCAACGUCGUCACCAUCGGCACUGACGGCUCCAUCUGCCACACCCCUGUUACCACGGGAACCGCCAGAGGCUUCCAGGCCCAGUCCUUCAUCGCCUCGCUCAAAUACCUGGAUGUGAAGCACAAGGAACACCCCAACCGCAUCCACAUCUCCGUGCAGAUCCCUCAUCAGGACGGCAUGCUCCCGCUGGUGUCCACCAUGCCGCUGCACAACCUCCACUUCCUGCUCUCAGAGUCCAUCUACCGGCAGCAGCACGUCUGCUCCAACCUGGUCACCAUCAAAGAGCUGCAGGGGCUUUCUGAGUCUGGCUUCCUGGAUGACGUGUCCUACGACAGCAUCUCCCUCGGACCAGGCUACGACCGCCCGUACCAGUUUAACCCCGGCGUCCGCGAGGCCAAGAGCAUCCAGCUCUACAAGCACCUGAACCUGAAAAGCUGCAUCUGGACCUUCGACGCCUACUACGACAUGACGGAGCUCAUCGACGUCUGCGGGGGCUCCGUCACCGCCGACUUCCAGGUUCGGGACUCGGCUCAGUCCUUCCUGACUGUGCAGGUUCCUCUCUACGUGUCCUACAUCUAUGUGACGGCCCCCAGAGGCUGGGCCUCUCUCGAGCAUCACACUGAGAUGGAGUUCUCCUUCUUCUACGACACGGUGCUCUGGAGGACAGGCAUCCAGACUGACAGCGUCCUCUCCGCCAGGCUGCAGAUCAUCAGGAUCUUCAUCAGAGAGGACGGACGGCUCGUCAUUGAGUUCAAAACUCACGCCAAGUUCAGAGGUCAGUUUGUUCUGGAUCAUCACACUCUGCCGGGCCAUAAGUCCCGUCUGAUGGCCCCCGACCACCUGGGCGGCAUCGAGUUCGACAUGCAGCUUCUGUGGAGCGCCCAGACCUUCGACUCGCCGUACCAGCUGUGGCGGGCCACCAGCUCCUACAGCAGGAAGGACUACUCCGGGGAAUACACCGUCCUGCUGAUCCCGUGCACCGUGCAGCCCACCCAGCCUUGGAUCGACCCCGGGGACAAACCGCUGUCCUGCACGGCUCACGCUCCAGAGAAGUUCCUCGUUCCGAUCGCCUUCCAGCAGACCAACCGGCCCGUCCCGGUUGUUUACUCCCUCAACACGGAGUUCCAGCUGUGCAACAACGAGAAGGUGUUCCUGUUGGAUCCGGCCAGCGCCGACGUCGCCAUGGCUGAGAUGGACUACAAGGGGGCCUUCUCCAUGGGUCAGACUCUGUACGGCAGAGUGCUGUGGAACCCGGAGCAGAAUCUGAACGCAGCCUACAAGCUGCAGCUGGAGAAGGUUUACCUGUGCACCGGCAGGGACGGCUACGUUCCCUUCUUCGACCCCACCGGCACUCUGUAUAACGAGGGGCCGCAGUACGGCUGCAUCCAACCCAACAAACACCUCAAACAUCGUUUCCUGCUGCUGGAUCGUAAACAGCCGGACGUAUGCGACAAGUUUUUUCACGAUGUUCCAUUCGAGGCUGAUUUUGCCUCCGACGUCCCAGAGCUGCAGGCCAUGGCGGCCAUGCCGGGUGUCGACGGCUUCACCAUGAAGGUCGAUGCUCUUUACAAGGUGGAGGCGGGCCACCAGUGGUACCUGCAGGUGAUCUAUGUGAUCAGCCCAGAGUCGCGCUCCAGCCCCAGGAUUCAGCGCUCCGUGACGUACCAGGUGAGCCGCUCCAGACGCGACCUGGUGGACCGCAGCGGCCGGCUGAUGCUCGACGAGUCGCUGAUCUACGACAACGAGGGCGACCAGGUAAAGAACGGCACCAACAUGAAGUCGCUCCGCCUGGAGGUCGGCCAGUCGGCCACCUUCAACGCCCACGUGGGCAGCUCUGUGGGCGGCGGCGUGGCCGCCGUCACCCUGCUGGUCCUGGCGCUGCUGGCGUCCUGCUUCCUGUUCCGCCGCUGCAAGCGCUCGGCGAAGAAGACGGCGAAGGUGCCGAAGGCCUACGAGGAGUAUCCCCUCAACACGAAGGUGGAGGUGUGCAUGGACAAGUGUGUGGAGAAGAACUUCAGCUCCAAGCACUGCACCGUGAGGAACGUCAACAUCAACCGCAACCAGGAGCCCAACGGCAAAGUGAAACAGGUCAACCUGGAGGUGAAACUCCACAACAACCUCAACGACGGCACGGAGGUCUGAAACACCGGACGAGGAAGGACAAAAAAAAAAACGGCGAGGCGAAUCAGAAAAUGGUAUUUUCUAAAGGAGAAUUUGUACUUAAAAGAAUGAAAUGUUUUUGUUUAUGUAUUUUUGUACCGCUUUGAAAAAAAGGGAAGAGUGCGACAUGCAAAGCAACUGGGCUACCUCAGGAAUCCACUAACUGCUCAGCUGCGCGGUCUGAUCGUCCGACCUUCAUCUCCAUCUUUAGUUUACGCUCACCCAGGUUUCACCGCCGCAAAGGUGACACUGGUGAAUCCUCUCUGCUCCCAUCGUUUCAUUUCACCGAUAUAAAUGUCGCUGCUGUGUGAAGAGGCAGGCAGGGGAAGAGAAAAGAAAAAAGAAACUGCCCUAACCUGCAUCUUCCCUUUAAUUAUCACACACCCAUCCUGCUGAUAAAAUGAACGGAAACUAGCCUCUGCUCCUGCGGAAGCUUAAAGCACAGACAAACGUUGGCUGGCCAGGUGAGCGCAAGUAACGAAAAUGAAUGAAAGCCUCAAGUGCAAUUAUGUCACAGCUUCAGUUAGUCCCUCCUUCAC